GGUUAUGUUUUAUGUUUAUGAAUGACUUCGUCGCAGAAGUAAAUUCAGACCGAAGAUUAACUCAGGAAAAUUGAAGUGAGCGUGCUGAUCGUCUAGUUACACAAGUGAAAGUAUUAAUGACGUGUUAAAACCGUCGAGUGUCUCAAUGUUUGUUUAAUUUUUCGGAUUUUAUGACGAAAGUCUGUCUACGUACGUGUUUACAUCAGAGGUCGAGUUCGCGAUUGGUGUGAUAUCAUUUCUUUUACAUCCACUUCUCGUCUCUCCAAGAUUAUCCAAAUAUUUACUGUCUUAACCUUCACAAGCCUAACUUGAAUUUUUUUGUGCUCGCUCGUUUGAAAUCUGUGUACAAUGGCCAAGCCUUGAGUUUUUGCAACUACAUGUUGCUGUUGUCAUUUAAAGAAAGUGACAGUGAAUUGAUAUGCAAUCAGAAUUUCCUUAUUUUUACCUAGGGAACUGAUCAGCUCCUCAGAAAUGCAUGUAUUUUGUGCUCUUUCCAGCCACUUCUGCAGUUAGUAUGUUCUAAUCCUUUCCGAGUGUUGUUGAUGACAGACCUCAAUGGCUACCACAACAAUUGAAUAUAGCAACGUUGACGAGUGCGUCAAAGAUUGGGAGGAUCUCAACACAGAAUACAAAUCUUUUGAGACUCUCAACAAGGACUAUGUAGCUAAAUUAGAGGAAGUCGGAGAGUUGCAAGAAAAAUGUGUGAAGCAAUUACAGCAUCAUCAGUACCGCCUAAAUACAAUAGUGCGUUCAUUAAAAAAAUUAGAGAAGACUGCUGAAAAUAAAGAAGCCAUAGAUAAAUUAUGGAAGAACAUAUCUAGGCAGAAGAAACAGUUAGCAGAAGCAGAGCAUAGUUUACCAAAGAAGAAUGGAUUCUACUUGAAAAUAAUACUAGGAAAUGUGAAUGUUUCUAUUCUUAAUAAGAAUGAUAAGUUCCGGUAUAAAGACGAGUAUGAAAAAUUCAAGCUCAUUCUCAGUGUUAUUGGAUUCAUUCUAUCAGUUGUGAAUAUUUGCAUAAAUUUUAGGCCAUUAGAAUUGGCAUUUAUGUUUCUUUUGGUGUGGUAUUACUGCACGCUAACCAUUCGAGAAAGCAUUUUGAAAGUCAAUGGCUCACGGAUCAAAGGCUGGUGGAGAGCCCACCAUUUCAUAUCGACAGCUGUCUCUGCAAUUUUGCUGAUAUGGCCUAAUUCCAAAGCGUGGUAUGCAUUCCGACCGCAAUUCAUGAUGUUUAAUGUGUACAUCAGCUUCGUCCAGUACCUGCAAUUUGUCUAUCAACAAGGUCAGUUGUACCGGCUGAAAGCACUUGGAGAGAGACAUAACAUGGACAUAACGAUCGAGGGCUUCCACUCAUGGAUGUGGCGCGGACUGUCGUUCUUGUUACCAUUCCUUUAUGCAGGAUAUGCUUUUAUGUUCUAUAAUGCAUAUACCCUGUACACGCUCUCAUUUCAUCCUGAUGCAACUUGGCAGGUGCCUGUUCUAUCGUUUUGUUUUUUCAUUCUAUUCCUGGGUAACACUGUCACUACAUCUAUGGUUAUUCCUCAAAAAUUCAGUGAACGCUUUGCUGAUCUUACUAAACUUACAAAACAGGAACAGGAGCGUCUUAAAAGAUGGGUCGAUGAUGAAAACGCUAACCAAGCAAGAGGCGAACCGAAAAAAACCGAAUGAAUCUCUGCUAAAAAAAUGUUGUAGUUUUUGUUUUUUCUAUUUUCUGGGUGAGUCUAGUUUCUACAUGGUAAAGUUAGUUUUAAUGGAGCUAUAAAAUUCAUUUUGUAUUUUAAUUUAAUUUUUUUUUUUUAAUUUUGAAAAUUGUUCGUCUGUUGGUUCGACCAAUUAUUCAUUGCCUGUACUUAAAUUCUUUCCCUACAUUAAAAAAUCGGUGAACUGUUUUUCUCACUAAAAAGAGAAAAGAAUGCGGUGAAUUUUAGUUAAUUUAAAGCUUAGUCAUUUUGAGUCAAACGUAAGGGUGUACCGAGGGAGAUUAAUCAAAAGAACAAUGGUGUUCAAUGAGGACCUGGAAAUUUUGUGCUUUCACCGUGUGGCUUAGCGGCAAAAAAUAAUUCCACAACUACAUAUCAAUUACCUGAAUCGUAAAUGAAAAUUUCAUUUUUUUCUUUUUUUUUCUUAUUUUUUUUUUUUUUUGGUUGAUGAUUUGAUCUAAUUGAUACAGUGUUCCUAUACAGAAAAAAUUAGAACCAGUUGCUUCCGUACUAAUAAGCGAGUAGAUAUAUAUAUCAGGUAUCUGUUAUUAUAGAAGAGACUUGAAUAGAAAAGAAAUUUGCCUGAAUUUUUAUUUUUAGUAUUUCAGGUUAGUUAAAACCAGAAUUAAAGCCUUCAACUUUUCAGAACUGUCGCACUCUGUUUCAGCACUAAUUUUGUCGAAUGCCAAAAAUCUUAGUUUGCUAUGGAAUAGCACCUCUAGUUUUCUAGUCCAGUUUACUGCUCCGUGUAACACCCCAAAACAUUGCAGUUUUAGUUUAUAACUAUUACUGAAAUUGGGUAGUCCCCAAUUUAUUGGUGCGCAAAAUUUAAAAAAUGACAAAAUAAUAACGGAACACCAAAUUUUCAGGUCCAAUUUACAAUUUGUUAGUGUUUGUUAGAAUAGUCUUCUGGUUAUCAUCUCAACAUUUCAGGAAAUUUAGAAGUUUCCUAUUCAGUCUGGUAGCUACCAGCACACAUUUCAAAUGCACAUUACUCAGUUUUAGAGGCUGGAAAUUUCUAAAUGUCUCAAAUUUAACGGCAUAUAUAGUGUUAGUAAUUUUCAGAGUUUUAUUGAUGUUAACCCAAAUAUUAAUUUGAAUCCUUUAAGUUGUAAGAAAUGCAUUUGCUAGCAGUAGUUAAUACUGAAUUUCUUGAAGUUAGGUAUAAUUGUUAACUAAAAACAUUCAACAGCUGGUGCUACAGUAAAAUAGUAAGAAUUAAUUGUAUAGUUUCCAUGAAAAGGCAGUUUACAAGUGCGCUUGCCGCAUCAAAGAUCCAACCAUGCUGGAUCACCAAAUGUAUUUUAAUCUUCACAAGCUGCUGAAAAUAAUUUUGAUUCUGAAUCCUUGGAAAACUUAGGCAUUUUGUCGGUGGAACUGCGAGAAUGCAUAUCUCAGUUGCAGUGUUUCAAAAUCUCCCUUCCUAUUUUAUUUUUUAAAAGGAGACUAAACCUUCAUUGUGGCUUGAAAUUUUCCCUGAAUAUUCUUCAUUCAAUGAAGAAAAAUCGCCUAAAUUCUCAAGAAAUGACGCUUAGUAGUUUUCAAUGUAAAAAAUGAAGUAUAGCAGGAAGUCUGCAAAACAGUAAACCGAGGUAUGCAUUUCUACAGUUUCACUGUCGACUUCAACAGGCUUUUCAAUAAGCUCCUGUAAAAAAAAACUCCACAAAGUAUUAGAGCUUUGAAAAGUUGAAUUUUCCCUCAGUUUGAAAAAGUCAUUUUUACAAUAGAAAUGGUAUUACCAGUACCUAGGAACUCCAGUUAAGUAUUUAUUUUUCGAAUGUUUUACAAGUUAAGUACCUAUCAUUGCACUGAAAUUAAGUGCUCUGCAUUUCAAUCGCGCUUGAAGCUUAUUUGAAGAAGAGUGACACGGUUACAUUUUCAGGACGAGCUCCGUGGUCUGUUCUAAGUGAAAAAACUUCUGUUGGAACUACUCAUUCAUUUCUCCUCAUAUUUUUAGUAUCUGGACUUGUUGAAUCCAUCUAUUCAGGAAAUAUUGGCCAAAUUUUCCCGGUGGAGACAAAAUGUUGAUAAGCUUAAAAUACUCUAAAUUUCCUGUUGUAGAACUCUUGUAAAAAGUCCCUAGUGUGUUUUGGGCUUCCGAUAUAAAAAAAUUGAAACCAGGUAAAACAGGUGUAUUAACUUUUUUAGAUGAAUGCAAACAAACUUCUCAUGAUUACUUGUAACUCUCAAGAUAAUUUCCAUUGCAUGUAUCCAUAAAACUUUGACUGUUUUAUGUAUUUUGAAGUUGCUUUUAAUUUAUAGGUCCCAUUUAUUUCAAUUUUCUAAGCUGCAAUAUUUUUUAUUCCUAUACCGGUGUUACCAAUUCCUCAAUGAUUUCAAUCGUAAUGCAUUUAAUGUAUUUCAUAUGUCUGUAUCUGUUUCUAAGAGACAUUACAAUAACUUCCUAUUUAUUUUGAGGUCUUCUAACCAUACAUGCCAGUAAUUUUUUACAAUAAAAAACGUCAUCUACGUUUGCAACAUAUUGCAUCUUUUAUCUUUCAGAAGCACGUCUAAUCAAAAGCUGUAAGAACCGAUUGUAAAAAGUAUAAUAAAAGUAACACAGAACAAGAUUAACUGUUAACUGUGAUGAAAUUCAUGAACAUAUUAUUGUUUCCCUCUCUAUCUUAGAGCUCUCUCUAAAGAAACGAAAAAUUUACUUGAUCUGAAAAAUCUGUGUAAAUAAUAGAUUUAUCAUAACUGUUCUUACGGCUAAAAUAAAAUUUUAAAAUUCA